AUGUCAUUCUCCAGCGCCAUGUUCAAAUUCCUGACCUACGUCGUCACCUUGGUCGUCCUGACCGCCGCCGCCGUCUACUUCACCGGCUACGCCGACGACGUCGCAGGGUGGGCGGCGAAACGGUACUACAAGGCCAAAGCGAUCGCCGAGGUCAAGGUUCUCGAGAACGUAGGAAGCGAGAAGGUGGAGAGUGAGAUCAAAGAGUCACUCAAGAAGAACCCCGUCAUGGGACAGAGUGAACUCGACGACGUCGCGGGUGGCCUGGGACAGGAAGCGGCACAGCAGGGACUGGGGGGCGUCAGUUCCAAGCUCGGUGGGUUGGGCAAGUUUUGA